AUGAAGUUCACCGAUGGAAUGUGGUGUCUCCGUGAGGGGAUCACCAUCGACUGGAUGAGCAAUGUGGAACGGUCUUCGGUAGAGGAAGAUGUUGUUCAUUUACUACUGAACAAGUAUCAACGGCAUAGAGGAGAUACUUUAAAUUCUCCGACGAUAUCUGCCACGGUCACUUCUCCGCUUGAAGGGAUCAUUGGAGUCAAGCUGGUUCACUGGGCUGGUGAGGUUGACAGCGGACCACACUACCAAAUCGCAUCGGCAACCGGCCAUUCCAAGAUCGACCAGACGAACGAUUCAGUCCAUAUUCAAAGCGGACCUGCGAGUCUCAAGAUCAACACAGCACCGAAUGAACUGGACUUUGCCUGGUACGGUGACUCCGGCCAAGUAUUGACGGGUCACUCUUUCCGCUCCAUCGGCUAUGUCAGAGAUCGCACGACGGAAAAGACUCGCUGGUCAGACGGGCUAUAUGUCGAACAUCAGGGCUACAUGCUCGCCGAACUCAACUUGGGAGUAAACGAGAAGCUAUAUGGGUUGGGUGAGCGAUUUGGCCCCUUUGUGAAAAAUGGUCAGAGAGUCGAUAUUUGGAACGAAGAUGGUGGCACCUCGUCCGAAUUGGCGUAUAAGAACAUUCCAUUCUACCUAAGUUCCAAGGGAUAUGGAGUCUUUGUGCGUCAUGCCGGCAAAGUGAGUCUUGAGCUUCAAUCUGAGAGGACGACAAGAGUCAAUAUCUCCGUUCCAGGGCAAGAGUUGGAAUAUUUCAUCAUCUUUGGAGGAACGCCCAAGGAAGUUUUGAGACGGUAUACUGCAUUGACGGGCCAGCCGAGUCUGGUGCCUGCUUGGAGCUAUAAUUUGUGGUUGACUACCAGCUUUACUACGAGUUAUGAUGAAAAGACAGUCACCGGAUUUCUGGACGGUUUCCGGGACCGUGAUAUCCCGUUGGGCGUCUUUCAUUUCGAUGCUUUCUGGAUGAAGUCUUACCAAUGGUGCGACCUGCAAUUUGAUGAGGACUACUUCCCCAAUGCCACAGCAUACUUGAAGCGUCUGAAAGAGCGUGGCUUGAAAAUCAGCGUAUGGCUCAACUCGUAUGUCGGACAGGCUUCGCCUUUGUUCAAAGAGGGUAAAGAGAAGGGGUACUUUAUAAAGCGACUGGACGGUUCUGUCUGGCAAUGGGAUAUGUGGCAAGCUGGUAUGGCCAUAGUCGAUUUCACAAACCCCGAAGCCUCGGCAUGGUAUACAAGUCAUUUGAUGCGUCUAAUGGACAUGGGAGUCGAUUCAUUCAAGACCGACUUUGCAGAACGUAUCCCAUUCCAGAACGUCAAGUUUCACGACGGUUCCGACCCGGUGCGAAUGCACAACUACUACUCGAUACUAUACAACAAAGCCGUUUACCAAGCCAUGAUUAGUCGAGUAGGCAGGGCAAAAAGUCUCUUGUUCGCUCGCAGUACGGCUCCGGGAGGCCAAGCAUAUCCCGUGCACUGGGGCGGAGAUUGCGAAAGCACAUUUGAAGCAAUGGCCGAAUCUUUACGUGGCGGACUCAGCUUAAUGUUAUCAGGUUAUAUUUUCUGGGCAUCAGAUAUCGGUGGCUUUGAGGGUACACCACCACCAGCUCUAUACAAACGCUGGGUCCAGUUUGGUCUCUUGUCUUCGCAUUCCCGUCUUCAUGGUUCCAGCUCAUACCGCGUCCCCUGGAUCUAUGGCGAAGACUGCAGCGAUGUACUCCGGGAUUGCGUGAAGCGCAAAAUUUCUCUUACACCGUACCUCAUGCAAGAGGCUUUGAAUGGCCAUCGGACUGGGGUCCCGCUUAUGCGAGCCAUGUUCCUCGAAUUCCCCCAUGAUCUGAAUACGUACGCUAUCGAUACCCAGUACAUGUUCGGCAGCAAUUUGCUCGUUGCACCCGUCUUCACCGAAGAAGGAACCGUCACAUUCUACGUUCCGCGAAAUGAGAAAGAUGAUAGUAAGGGAAAAUGGGUCUCAUGGUUCGAUCACGACAAGACUUAUGAGCCGGGUCAGUGGUAUACUGAGAAACACGACUUUUCCUCGUUACCCAUUCUUAUACGUCCUGGUACCGUCACCGCGAUUAAUACUAAGCUCAAGACCCCGGAAGACGAUGCCUUUGAUGGGCUACAGUUUAUAGUGAACGGUAUUUUGGAGCCGGGUGAAGGGAAGAUCGAAAUCGUGGAUCCGAAAGAUGCGCAUGAAGUUUUGAAAAGUAUCGACGUGAAUGAGAUUUUCGGGGCUGGGAAAAAGGCAGUGAAGAUUCAUGAUUGGAACAAAGUCUGA